UGCUCCACAAAACACACAUCUAUUCAGCGUUUUUCAGAACUGCAUCACUUUUCAGAUUUUUGUCAGGGGGAAGGUUUCACAUUUUUGUCAUCAAACCACCCAGCACACUAUUUUAUAACGUCCUCAGCUGACCGGAUUUCGGAUUUGUUUGUUGUCUGAUUUGUUUUUUUUCCUACAUGUGGAGUCAGAGCAAUCCAAAAACGCGUUUUUCCCUCUUGAUCAGUCCCUGAAAGACAAAGUAACUCUCCAGCUGGCAUUGUGACCAGGAUGCGGGUAGCUGUGACUCUCAACUGAGCAUCCUCUCUUUUGUCUUUGUUUCAGUCUCUGCAUCCCCACUUUUUCUAUCUAUCACUGGGAUGUAGAAAAGGAAAUAACACUUAGGAGCGACGUUGUUGUUUUUAUUUGAUCGUUUCCCACCAAGGAAUAAGGUUUUUCCAGCGAAGACAGGUCAUGGCGAGGUUUUUGUGCAACACGAGGCUGGUCCUGGCGUUGUUGGGAUUACUGCUGCUCUCUCCUCUAUCAUCCCGAGCGGAGCCGGAGCUGCAGGAGGAGGAGGAGGAGGAGGAGAGCUCCUGCCAGGGCGCCUUUGACCUCUACUUUGUCCUCGAUAAGUCUGGCAGCGUGAAGGAUCACUGGAACGAAAUCUACGAGUUUGUGGAGAAUUUAGCUAUGAAAUUCAAAAGUCCCAUGCUGAGGAUGUCCUUCAUAACGUUCUCCUCCAGAUCGUCCACCAUCAUGAAACUGACAGAAAACAGAGUGAACAUCAAAAAGGGUCUCAACGCAUUGAGGAAAGAGAUUCCUGGUGGAGACACCUUCAUGCACCUUGGGCUGCAGAGUGCAAAUGAGCAGAUUCGCAGAGAGAACUUUGGCACAGCCAGUGUAAUUAUCGCACUGACGGACGGAGAGCUGCAAGAGCACCAGCUCAUCAACGCACAACAACAGGCAGAGGAAGCCCGAUCCCUGGGAGCUAUUGUGUACUGCGUUGGUGUCAAAGACUUCAAUGAAACGCAGCUGGCUACUAUUGCAGACACCAUCGAGCACGUGUUUCCUGUGUUGGGUGGUUUCCAUGCCCUCAGGGGCGUCAUCGAUUCGAUCAUCAAGAAAUCCUGCAUUGAAAUUUUGGCUGCUGAGCCCUCCAGUGUGUGUGCCGGAGAGUCUUUUCAAGUGGUGGUGAGAGGGAAUGGUUUCCUCCACGCUAGGAACAUCGACCAGGUGCUCUGCAGCUUCAAAAUCAACGACACCAUCACAAUCAACGAAAAGCCAGCUGGUGUAAAAGACACUUUCUUACUGUGUCCAGCUCCUGUCAUUGAUGAAGUUGGAAAGGUGAUAUUUCUUCAAGUGAGCAUGAACGACGGUCUGUCCUUCAUCAGCAGCAACGUUCACAUCACCACCACGGAGUGUUUUGAUGGCACCAUCCUCCUCGUCACCCUGCUGGUGUUGUUCCUCUUGCUGGCCCUCCUGUUCCUGUGGUGGUUCUGGCCUCUCUGCUGCACUGUGGUGAUCAAGGAGCCGCUUCCCCCACCUCCUCCUGAGCCUGAGUCAGAUGAGGAAGACGGCCUCCCCAAGAAGAAGUGGCCCACUGUGGAUGCCUCGUAUUAUGGAGGAAGAGGAAUCGGAGGAAUCAAGAGGAUGGAGGUGCGCUGGGGAGGGAAGGGCUCCACUGAGGAGGGGGCCAAGCUGGAGAAGCCGAAGAAUGCAGUGGUGAAAAUGCCGGAGCAGGAGUACGAACCCUUCGAGCCCAAACCUAAGAAACCUCAGAACAAAAAGGCGCCUCAAAACCGGAAGUGGUACACACCCAUCCGGGGUAAGCUGGAUGCUAUCUGGGCUCUGUUUCGCCGUGGAUACGACCAGGUAUCUCUGAUGAGACCCCAGCCAGGUGAUCAUGGUCGAUGCAUCAACUUCACAAGAGUAAAAGAUGAGGCAGCGGCAGCCAAAGCGCAACCACGCACCCCGAUCCACAAGCCUUCGUCGCCACCUCCAGACUACCGCCCCGUCCCUCUCAGCACCCCCCCACCUCCAACUUCCACAAGCCCUCCUGCUAGAUCACCCCCAACAGUCCAAAUGCCCCAGGGACCACCACCAGCCCGCACGCCCCCGGGGGUCCCCUGUCCACCACCAUCUCGUCCUCCACCAAGCCUGAGACCCUGAAUCCCAAAGACAAACUCCUCCCACCCUCCCAAGCAAACGCUUUGAUAUCACAUUGAUAUUAUCGCCCUCUUGACCAGUUCUUUCAGUUUGAAGGCCAUGGUCCUCGCUGCCAAAGAUGCUCCUGCCAUAAGCCAAAGAUCAGACGUACGUUCAUCUUCUUGUUUGGGAUAGUGUGAACUAAACUUGGAACCUCACAAAAUUAUUCUGGUUACAUGUAUUGUCAUCCACAUGAUCAAUAAGAGGAAGAAAGUGUUUGCAUGCCUUUAUAUGAUUUUUUUUUCUGGACAUCAGUGCCUUCUAUAAUUGUGUACAUGACCAAACAUAAGAGUAAAGUAAAGAUAAGAAAGUUGACUUUUCUGCAGGGUAUCAGUGAACUAGAAAAAUAUGUUUGGUUUUAGUUAGUUGCGGUUUGAUUAUUAAAACUGUGUCCCAUGCAGACUAAAUGGGGUGAUUUUGGGGGGAUGUUCACUCAGUGUUGGUGUUUGUCAGAUCAGGGGGGAUUGUUGCUGGACAGCAAAGUAUGUAGGAAAAGGAAGUCCACAGAAGAACUCUGCAAAGGAUGAAAUUUCUCUGUUGGCUUUAUUAACUACUGAGUUAGGCCAUUGUUUUUCAAAAACUUAAGUGAGAAUUAGCUAAAACAUGAUAAUUAUGUUUAAAGUUUAACAAAAGAGAUUGGCUUAUGUCUCCACUGCUUUUUGGUGAAUGGAUGGUUUUUGGAAAUUAAUUUCAAAGAAUGUCCACUUGGUGUUCAAUAACAGAUAAAAAAUGUAACAUUUUUGAAAGAUUAGUCCUUUUUUUAUUGUAACCAUUAAACACAGUUAUUGGAGACAACCUUGGAGGACAGAGACGGGUAUGGAGGUUUUAUGGAGGGUAUGUUUUUUUGUUGUAUGUUCGACAUUUUUUCAGUGCUUUGUUGGAAGAUGUUUUUGAGGCUUUGUUUUUUUCUACUUAACCUUUCACGUUUUUCUUCUUUUGAUAGCCAAACUUUUUUUUUGUUUAGAUUCGCUGUUUUUUUUUAUCAGUUUUUAUCUGCUUGGAUUUUUACUGUCUGUUUUUAUUCUUUUCUCUUUUUUUCAUUUUUGUUCAUUUGUUUUUGUUAGCAUCAGGAAUAUGAAACUUAAGCAAGAAAUCAGGUUCGGGUCUCUUCUCAUGCCUUUUUUUUUUUUUUUUUUAAACACAAUCUUGAUCUUGAUACUGUACUUUGGUAGCAUUUUAUGUAUUUUAUGUCUUCAGUUAUAUCAUCACCGGUCACAUCGCAACUGCAGGGCAGUUCAGAGAGCAUUUAAUUUAUUUUACUCCCUGACAGAAAUGCAGGAGAGUACUUAAAUAUUGACAAGGUGUCCCACCACCGAAAUGGACACUGUUUAGAAACAAAACAGCUAACCAACUAAAAGUCAUAUAAAAGGCAUACCAGCAUUUCUUGACACCUCAGUAACACUACAAAACAUUUUACUAAGAACUAAAGAGAUUCAGGUUCAUAGUAUGUCGUUUACAUAUGGCUCCUCUAUUAGCCUAUAAGAAGGCACAGCUAACAAGAAAUUAGUUUGUUAGGAGGGGUUAAAAAAAAAGGCAACAAGCCUCUGUGUCUAAGAAGAAGCUAAUAAGAUCCAUUUAAAAGUCAUGCAAGACAUACCAAUUUUACAUUUCAGUCAAUCAUUUCAAAAAUAAAGAGAUCCCGCCACAUUUUAUAUCAUACAUUACAUAUGUUAGCACCUUAGCAAACAGAAGUUUUUUUUAGCAGUGGCUAAUUAAAAGUGAUCAAACAUAAGCCACUAAAUCCCAUAAUGACAUUUUGACUUUGUAAUGUAGAGGUUGAAAUCACUGGUUUUCCUUAUAUAUUCAGUGACUUCUCAAAUUUUCUUAUCCAGUUAAUGUUUUUUUUUGUAGUUUUUUUUGUAAUGUACAUCAAUCUUGUACCAUUGUGCAACAUCAUACAUUCACUAUCGACCUCUGAAAAGUCACUUUUGUUACCAAAACUGUAAUGUGCUACAUAUAGAAAUCAUCAAAUUAUCUGUAAUUUUUAAUGUAUCACCGUAACCAAACCGGACAACAACCGGACACCACAUUUUGCUUCUAACUGCCUGAAUCCAACUUAUCAUUGUUGCCAAAUAUCGAAGAAAAACUCCUUUUCUUUCCUGAUAAUGAUUUUUGUGGGGUGUUUAUGGUAAUCUCACUAUGCAGUCAGCAUUUGUUUUUGAUUGUAAAACAAAAACCCCUGCAAACUUUAAAAACUUGGGUUUUACAUUCUGUACCUGCUGUAAUAUUUGAACUGUUUCCCUUAAAGAAAUCACCUCGUCUUCAGAUUUCACAACUCAAAAGCACAGUUAUAUUGUGUUUUAAAUGGUGCACCAUCGGUCAAGAGGUACAAUUUGACAUUAUGGUAAUUGACAUCAAGAGUAUAAUACAAAAGACAUUCAGUGUAGAUGCUAAAACAGAGUUUGAAGGGAACUUCUUCAAUGUUGGUAUAUUAGGUAUGCUACGUUAUUCAGUUUGCUUUGUUUUGUUUUUCUUUGUUAUUUUUACAUGAACAGUAUACAAAGCAGUACUGAAGCACAUAUAAAAGACAUUUGAUUUUUUUUAAUGUUGGCUGACAUUACUUUUUUUUUAUAUCAAUAAAAGUUGACUCCUAAGCUUC